UCUUACUAUUUAGCAGCGUCUUCAGUGUCCGAGAGUUUAAGGAGAGACGAACUGCAGCCGAAGAAAUCUCAGAAAUUGAAAAGACAUCAGUGAAGAGAUCAGCAGACUGUUGGAUAUCCGAGAUAACGUCACACAGACCUCCCACAACAACAUGAAGUGUGAGGAAGAGGAGGGUCUGGAUGACCAGCAGGUCUGUAACCAGGAGAGAAAUUCCAGUCUGAACAAGCAGAGCCCAGAGCUCCCACAGAUUAAAGAGGAACAGGAGGAAGUCUCCACCACUCAGGAUGUAGACUCGCUUGUAGUGAAGCAGGAGGCUGAAGGAAUCAUCGUCUGGACUGGGGAAGAGCGGCUCAGACUACUGGAUACAAUCUGGAAAUGUGAAAAACAUGACAAAGACUUCCUGCAACAACAUGUCUGUAAGCAAGAGGAGGAUCUGGAUGACCAGCAAGUUUUUAACCAGGGGGGCAACUUGAGUCUUGACCAGGAGGACCCAGAGCUUCCACAGAUUAAAGAGGAACCAGAGGAACUCUGCACUAGUCAGGUGCUUGUGCUGAAGGUCGAGACUGAUACCUUUAUGGUGACUUCUACUUAUGAGGAACCUGAACCAAACAGUGACCAGCUUCUUUCUUACAACUCUCCUGAACCAGAAAGUCGAGAUGAGGAUGAAAGUGAGCAUGUAGACUCAGGAUCAAAAAGAAAUGCAAAGCCUGAGAAGAGAGGACAUCACAGAAACAGUAACACAGCAGACGGCUGUCCUGUGUCAGAGAGUCAGUGUGGAACUGACACAAGUAAAAAGUCUUUAAAAUGUGACACUUGUGGAAAAACCUUUGAAUAUAAAUACAAACUGACAAAACACCAGAGAGUCCACACAGGUGAGAAGCCACAUUCUUGUAGCACUUGUGGAAAAAUUUUUAGUUACAUGUCUGCGUUAAAAACUCACAUGAGAAGUCACACAGGUGAGAAGCCAUAUUCUUGUAGCAUAUGUGGAAAAAUAUUUAGUUACCUGUCUGCAUUAAAAACUCACAUGAGAAGUCACACAGGUGAGAAACCACAUUGUUGUAGCACAUGCGGGAAAAGGUUCAGUGAUCUGAUGAACUUGAAAUCUCAUAUAAGAGUCCAUACUGGUGAGAAGCCAUAUUCCUGUAGCACCUGUGGAAAAAGAUACAGUGAUAGGACGAACUUGAAAACUCACAUGAGAAUUCACACAGGUGAGAAGCCAUAUUCCUGUAACCUCUGUGGUAAAAGAUACAGUGAUAGGACAAACUUGAAAACUCACAUGAGAACGCACACAGGUGAAAAGCCAUAUUUCUGUAGCACCUGUGCGAAAAGAUUCACUUAUAGGAUACAGUUGAGAAGACACAUGAAAAUCCAUGUUUGUUAAAAGCUUCCUUCUUAGAUAAUGUUUGAAAGCUGUUAGGUGGAACAGUUUAAUAGUGGAGCACAUGUUCAUGAGGAACCAAAUCACUUCAAAGCCUGAAGGAAGCGCUCAUACCAUUUUCAGGUCAAUAUGGUAUAUAUCCUGUCUAGAAUAGUAAUUAACUCUACUCUCUGAAUUGUUUAUUCCAAUUGUUAGCCUUUUUUUUGUAUAAGGAAAACACUGAUUUUACAGCCAUCCAUCCCUUUUAUGGCACUUUUCCAGGGCCAAAUGUUAGGGCAGUCUAGGCAGAGAAUUAUAGACAUCACUCAUCCCGACAACCUGCUUCAGCUCAUUUGGGGGACACCAAGGCAUUAGGUUCUAGGUUAGCGAUAAUAUAUAAUUUCUGUAGUGUGGCCCGGGUCUGCCCUUGGGCCCCUUUGUGUUGGAACACCUCACCUAGGAAAAGCUCAGGAGGCAUCCUAUUCAGAUGUCUGAGCCACCUCAAUUGGCUGCAUGCCACAUUAUUUUUAUUAUUUAAGUCGUGUACAUAGAACAAGAUACAAAGCCUUAAAACGUGUUAAAAACACAACAGCCUUGAUAAACAUGGAGCAGUUAGGAUCUAAAAGCAGGGUUCAUCACGUCAUCACUUAAAGACCAGAUGACAACAAGCCAGAUACCCCAUGCUCCUAUGAGGAUAAAGAGCUGGACCUGAACCUGUGGUUCGAUUAACACAGUCAUUUCUCUUGUACCCUGGCAUAGAUCUUUCCAGGAGUCAGAAUAAUGUGUUGCCUCUGUAAUUGGAGCACAUCUUCCAG